AUAAAGUUUCAAGGGUCUAAAAGGUUUCCCAACACAAGACCAGAGCGGUCCUUCAAACUGAAGAGUUCCUUCAGACUGAACAUUCCCUGUUCUACCUCCAUCAAUCCACCGAGGAUUCAUCUCAUACAUAGAGACACCACACCAAGCUUUUUCAGGGCGGUUGUGAAAAUGACAGGGAUUGACAUUGAGAUGGAGUUAUUCAGUGAUGAUGAGACGACAGCGUGGAAAGAAAUAGUACCAACAGAUGAAUACAUCUCUGACACCCGUUCAACAAGAGGUCCGACUGGUUCUCCAAAACUGCAGCUGCGUUCUGUACGGACGGAGUUUGUGAAACGAGUGUCAAGACCUGUCCUGAAUGAACUGCUGGACGGACUCCUGCAACACACAGUCAUCAACCAGGAGGAAAUGGAGUCAGUGAAGGUGAUCGCUGAGAGGGCAGAGAAGGCACGUGACGUCAUCGACAUGGUGUUGAGAAAAGGAACUGAGUCGUGUUCCAGGAUGAUCAACCUUCUUGGGGAGAUUGACCCCUAUCUUUGGUCAAUGCUUCAGAUUAACAGUGUUGGGGUUCCAACCUAAUGGUAGAAUGGAUAGUAACAGUGUUGGGGUACCAACCUAAUGGUAGAACGGAUAGUAACAGUGUUCGGGUACCAACCUAAUGGUAGAAUGGAUAGUAACAGUGUUGGGGUACCAACCUAAUGGUAGAGUGGAUAGUAACAGUGUUGGGGUACCAACCUAAUGGUAGAAUGGAUAGUAACAUUGUUUGGGUAGCAACCUAACGGAUAGUAACAGUGUUGGGGUAGCAUUCUAAUGGUAGAAUGGAUAGUAACAGUGUUGAGGUAUCAUUC